AUGAAAACUAUGAAAUUUACCUCCGGCUUUGGGAUUGCACUCUCGGUGCUCGCUGCUAUUUCGCAAGCCAAACGUUUAGACAAACCGGCCUUGACACCAGACCUGGGCUAUCUCUUGCAAGGAAGCGUAGACAACCUGCAUCCAACCCACAGUACUUGGGACAAAUGGGGCGAUGGUUGGAUACCCGAAGAUUGCAAGAGCAUGGCCCAGAACCCAAAUCUCAACCUUAACCUCAAUCCUAGUGAUUUUGAGGUUUACAAUGUCCACUACGAUGAUUGCGGUGAUGCAUGGGUUUUAUGCCGCCACAAAGACUCGCCAGUUGAUCUAGUUACCACAGUUGACAUAUUCGGCAGGCUCCCUGUGAGGAUGCGCGAUUGGGUCCGACAUGUCAUGACUGUCCCAGGAAAUGACUACGCCUUCAACUUGAAUGGCAACAUUGUAUUUUCCGGUAGGACCAGCACGAAUAUGGAUGUCGCAAUCCAUGAGACCGGCCACAGCCUUGAUCUACUAAAAGCAUAUGGCGAAGUUCUAUCUUCCAGCCAGACUUGGAUCGACAACUAUAAUCAGGAUUCGAACGUGCCAGAUAAUUACGCGCAAUCAAGCCAGAUUGAGAACGUUGCUCAAAACACAGUGGUUAGUGUCUUUGAUAAAAUUGUUCCUGGGGGGUUCGGUUCUGUCCAGCCCAAUUGGCACAAUAUUUUCCACCAGUAUGCCACACUGAAAUCGAAGGCUGGGGAUCUGAUCCUGCCUGGCGGACAAUGUGAUCGCCGCUUAAAGGACUCGUCCCCAAUUCCCAUGGAUUCCAACGCCAACGAACAGGGGUUGCUGUCUUGGAAGCCAAGAACGUCCUUCGUCAACACUUAUAACAACAUUGUGACAAAUUUCGAGCCGUUUAAUACAGCAGAACACUGUAAGGAAUCCUUCUCCUAG